GACAGUUAAAGACUUUAAUUUAAAUUUUUAGCGGCGGUUAAAAGCAAAUACAUAAAUCAGAGGAAAAGUUUGAAAGUGAAUUUAAGAGAGCAGACUUUUUUUCAAAUCAUAAAAAUAUGCCUCGCAAAAAGAAAAUUGAAAUUGAUGACUUGGUAAAUAUUCAUAUAGACCCAAAUUAUCCCACAGAGGAGCAAUCUAUAAGACCUAAACUUCGAAAAAAAGCAAAAUCUAAACCUCAGAAAAAAACUUUACCUGUGAUCAAACAUAAAUCUCAAAUUAGGAAGGAUCAGUUGACGAACAUUGAAUCGAGGGAAGUUUCUGCUUGUAGUUACCAGCCUAAAUCUUUAAACAAAAAUCCUGUUGAAGCAUUAAUAAAUGAUAUUUCUUUUGCACAUUCCGAAAAUUUAAAUGAGUCCGAUUCCUUUCUAGAAGAUUUGGAUGAAAUGAAUAAAGGAGAUUUGUGGGAACAGUUCACAAUGUUACAAACUUUACACAGAAAGGAAAAAGAGCUAGAAAUUGCAAUUCUAUAUGAAAAAUUGAAACAAGAAGAGGAAUUUCUUACUGAUGAAAGUUUGUUGAAAGAAAAAAUAUCCAAACUAGAAGAUGAAGUACAGAAAAGAAAAAUGGAUUUAAAAUUAAAGGAAAUAAUGUGCUCUGAGGUUCAGUUUAUGGAAACUAUAAGAAAGAUUAGUUUGCCUUGCUCUCUUAAGAAAGAUGGAGAAGUUUAUGAUUUUUCUGAUGGUGAAAGAGGGUUGUACCAAGUUUCUGAACCCUAUGAGACUACUGAUUUAACAUUUCAGCUCAUUCUUGGGCUUUUACUGAAAAAGGAACAAUUAAAGAGAGAAUUAUCAUCAGGACAAGUGGAAAUUGCAAAAAUAGAAGAAAACUGUCGGAAAAUGAAUUUAGCUAUUGAAAGUGGCGAGAGAAAUUCCUCUUCGGAAAGAUUAGAUGUAAAUACAAUGGAUUCCGAGGACUUCAAAGACUUAGAAUGUUUGAAAACUGCGAAUCAGAAAAUAAAUAGUCGCAUCCAGUUGUUUGCCAAACUUCUCCAAUUCUUAAUUGAGGCCAUAGAAAGUGAGCACAAUUUAAAUGAUGAUUUGAAAAUAUUAGCCUCUGCUUGUGAGAAAAUACAACAUUGGAACUAUGAUGAUGUAGAUGAAUUGGGAGAACUGUGCAAGAAAGUUCAUUCUAUUAAAAUAAAAUGAUAUCUCAAAAAAUUUUAAAAAUUGAAACAUUAACUAAAAAAUUUUUAUUUUGGUGUUGUUAAUGUGAUAUGCAUAAUCAAUGUUCUACUCUAUCUUUAAAUUAUGUCUAGCCUGUUUUUAAUCAUUUUUUUUUUGUACAAAAAAUCAUAAAGAACUUUUUUUUUUAGGGGAAAAAAAAAAGAUUCUACUUCUUAGAAAUUUUAAUUUUUCUAUACAUGAAUAAGUAUUGCAAGGCUAUGAAUGCAAGACAAGUUACGCACAGCCGAAAUAACUUUUCAGCUGUCACUAACUAAGAGCACAAGAGCCAAUUAAAAUUAUUGUGAUAAUCAGGUGGCCUGUUUUUUUGUUGCUUUUGACAAUUAUUCGAAAAAUAAUCUGAAUUAAAAUACAAACCAAAAAUUUUCUGUUGUAAAUUUGUUUUGGGUCUUUACGUACAGGAUAUCCCUUGAAAUGCUAACUAUAUUUUAAAACUUAAUUUUUAAAGGAGUAAAAAGAGAGAGAGAAAAAUGUACAGUUUACUGCAUUCUGCUCAAGAAAUCAAAGAAUUUAUUCUUCCCAAUUCACGAAAUUUGUUACAAAUGUUAUCAACAGAUGGCACUGUUGACUUCAUAAAAUUAUUAUACAAUAUUUUCUGAAAAACUAGCCUUUGCUGUGACACCAUAUAUGGGCAAAAUUUACAGUUCAUGAAAUUGGUUCAACAUACAACAGCACUCUUUAAUUUAAUAAUUUUUUCCCUUUAAUCAGUGCCAUUUAUUGAUAAAUUUUGUAUUUAAUUUUGGAACUUGGGAAGAAUAAAUUCCUGGUUUCUUUCAACAAAAGGCCUAAGUUUUGAUUCUGAACACUUAAAUUGCAUUUUAUAGUUGCUCUAUCUACUAUUCUUAGUUCAAUUAAAAUGUAACCAUUAAAUUAAAAAAAAAAACUGGUUGUUAAAAAAAUACUAUAUCUGACAAUUUAAUAUCUCAAACCAUUUUUCUUACCUAAUUCACACAAGACUAACCAUAAUUUUUUUUCUUAUUUACACUUGUAUAUUUAGCAUUUCCUUUAAUAUCACUUAAAUAAGAAAAAUUAUGAUCUUUAAAUUUGUAAAAACUUUGUGAAAUAAAAAAAAAACACUUAAUUUCUUAUAGUUCCAUUCAUAACUAUAGCAUGUAUGAUUUUUUAAUUAUGUAAUUAAUAAUUGAAUGCAAUAAUUCUGAGUUAAUAUAAGCUUUUAAAUUCCUGCUAAUUGAAUUUGUACACUUUUGCUUAAAUCCUAAAUAAAAUAAUACUUUUACCUUUUAUUACUCAGCAAAAUUUUACACAUUAAGUUGAUAUAUCCUGCAUAAUUGUAGUUUACAUUGCUUUAUUACUACUACAGCUGUUUGGAAAUUAACUUCUUUCAUUUAUUCAUUUUGUUUAAUAAAAAAGAAUUUUAAUUUGCA